AUGGCGCAAACCAACUUCUCCCGGGAAGACGUCAGGGCCCUCGAGGCAACACGGCAGCGCCUCUCCCAACUCACGCAUACCAUACAUUCUCUCAAAACCGAUCUUCAGCAGAGCAAUCCUCUUCCGCAAUGGUCCUCCAUUCAAACACAAAACGCCAUCCUCGUAACCCAUGUGGAUGGUGUUACCAAACUCCUCUCCUCGCACGCUGACCUCCUCAAUCGAACCGUCGUGUUUCCAUCCACCAAUUAUCCCGGCCGCACCCAAGAAGGUCUAUUGACACAACUGUUACGGAAGAAGCUGGAGCCACAAGUCGAGAAUUGGGUUGAGGGGGGGCGCCAGAUCGCGCAGGCUGAGGGACUCAGUGGUAAAGAUAAUGACGAGUUCUUGGGUUGGGCAGUGGACUGGACGGGGAAGCGCAUUGCAGAGUAUGCGCAGAAUGAAGCUUUGGACGAAUACACCAUCGACGAGCAAGCUCUAGGCAUCGAGAACGUCAAUACAGGGCUGAAAGCCAAGUAUGAGGACGACGAGAGCGAGGAUAGCAACGAGGAUGAAGAUAUGGCAGAUGCUGGAGUUGCAGUCACAAGCGCUCGAAGGACGAGUCUUGGUCAGGUUGAAUAUGGCUUAGGAGAAGUCAAGAAGCAACCUAGUGGUACGUCGAAGAGUGUUGAUGAGAUUUUGAGGUUUGCGACCACAGGGGCUACUAUGGAUCAUUUCUCCUUGCGCAGAUGA